AUGUCUGAAGAAGAGCAAGAAAUUUUGCUAUCAGAAAGAGCUAUAGACGAAGCCGAUGUCUGUAUAGUGGGGGGUGGUCCCGCUGGUUUAGCGACUGCCAUAAAAUUAAAACAAUUAGAUAAUGAACAAGGAAACGGUGAAUUGAGAAUAGUUCUUUUAGAAAAGGCUUCCGAAAUUGGUGCCCAUACGUUAUCUGGUGCAGUAAUUGAACCAAGAUCUCUAAGAGAACUAUUCCCUGAUAGUGAGUUUUAUGAUGAAAAUGGUGAAGGAAUCCCUUUACCUCCUGAUUUAGUCACUUUAGUAAAUGACGAGCAUUUUUAUUUUUUAAUGGAUGAAUCAAAAUAUCCAAUACCUGAACCUCCUCAAAUUCAAAAUAAAAAUAAAAACUAUAUUGUCUCUCUAAAUCAGGUUAAUAAAUAUUUAUCUGAAGUAGCAGAGGAAUUAGGCGUAGAAAUUUAUCCCGGAAUUUCUGUCUCUGAACUCAUUUAUAAUGAUGAUAAAUCUGCAAUUAAAGGUAUUGCAACCAAAGAUGUUGGAAUCUCGAAAAGUGGUCUUCCAAAGGAUUCAUUUGAAAGAGGCAUGGAGUUUCAUUCAAAAUUAACUGUAUUAGCUGAGGGUUGUCAUGGCUCUUUAUCUAAAAAGGCAAUCUCAAAUUUUAAUCUUAGACAAAAUAAAGAUCAUCAAACCUAUGGUAUAGGAAUCAAAGAAGUUUGGGAAGUUAAACCUCAAAAUUUUAAAAAAGGUUAUGUAGCUCAUACUUUGGGUUAUCCUCUAUCAAAUGACACCUAUGGUGGUGGCUUUAUGUAUCAUUUUGAUGAUAACCUAGUAACAUUAGGCCUAGUCAUUGGUUUGGAUUAUAAAAACCCUUAUAUAUCUCCCUAUCAAGAAUUCCAACAAAUGAAAUCUCAUCCUUUUUAUACUCAAAUACUUAAAGAUGGUAAUUGUAUCUCAUAUGGUGCAAGAGCUUUAAAUGAAGGUGGUUUACAGUCAAUUCCAAAAUUAUAUUUCCCUGGAGGUUUAUUAGUUGGUUGUGCUGCCGGUUUUGUUAAUGUCCCGAAAAUUAAAGGAACCCAUACUGCUAUUAAGUCAGGCAUCCUCGCUGCCGAAUCAAUUUUUAAAUCUUUAAAUGACCCAAAUAAAAAUUAUGACCCUGAAACUUCUCCAUUUAUACUAGACGAUUAUGAAAAAGCCUUUAAUAACUCUUGGGUUUAUGAGGAAUUAUAUGAGGUCCGUAAUGUUAGACCUUCUUUUAAUACAUUUUUAGGAAAUUUUGGUGGAAUGAUUUAUUCUGGUUUAGAAACUAUGUUACUUAGAGGUUGUGAAAGCUGGACUUUUCAUCAUCAUCAUUCUGAUGCUUCAGAAACUAGACCUGCUAGUGAAUAUAAACCAAUCAAUUAUCCAAAAUCCGAUGGUAAAAUAACUUUUGAUCUUUUAGAAUCUGUUUCUAGAACUGGAACUUAUCAUGAUGAAGAUGAAAAAUCCCAUUUAAGGCUAGGUGAUGCUUCUAAACAAGCAUUUGAAAAUCAUGUUAAACAAUCAUUUGAAAAAUAUAAGGGUAUUGAAAACAAAUUUUGUCCAGCAGGUGUUUAUGAAUAUAUUCAAGAUGAAUCAGAUAAAACUAAGGUGGAAUUUCAAAUUAAUUCUCAAAAUUGCAUUCAUUGUAAAACUUGCGAUAUAAAAACUCCCGCUCAAGAUAUUAACUGGACUGUCCCUGAGGGUGGUGAUGGUCCUAAGUAUGUUUUAACAUAA